AUGGCGAUACAUCUUUCGCCUCGAUUGGUCCCCUUGCACAAAUUCUUUGAUGUGAUAGAUGAGAUAUCCUGGGGUGCUGCCAUGGAUAUGGAUGGCCCAAAAAUCACAGACGAACCCAUUCCUGUGCUCUACGCGUCCGAAGCUGAUAUCGCGAGGAUUACGCCCCGGGUGAUGGCCCAUAGGUUGCGGGUGCAAAAUGUGGAUGACGGAGUAUUCUACGGGGUCAUGUCUGCAGUGGCAUUUAUGUUUGUAAAUAACAACGAGGGGCCGACUCUCAAGAGCAUACUGGUACAGAUACUAUGGACUCUGCCGUUCUCCUUGAAGGAUAUCGACAAGGUGAAAAAUGUCUGUGUUUGGAAUUUGGUCAUGUCGACCUGCUCUCUCUUUGGGGGACACUUUGAAACUUGGGACAAUGAAAUUUACUUAACGGAGCUUAAGACCCCGCCGCCCAACCUUUCCCAAGAUGAAAGGAGAGAUAUUUUUGAUGAGCUUGACCAGAAUCUGAACCGUAUUAUUCUCGGAGCUCUGUUGCACGGUCUUUACACCGGCAUCAUAACAGUUACUUUAUGGACUAUAUUCUCUCCUCGGAAGCGGUCACACAAUACGUUCCUGCGCAUCACCAUCAUCAUGCUGUACAUUCUCUUGACGAUUUCGUUCACGACGCAAUGCGUAUUUAUAUGGGCCCAUGUGUGGAAAGCGAACUACCUCGUUGGUGGUAUCACUGGUGGUAUAAGCACAUUUAUUGUCGAUAUCACGAUUCCUCGUGGAUACGAUAUUCUUAUUCAGAAGUGUAAUUUACGCUCUGAUCGAGUCCUCGGCGAGGAGAUGGAUGCUUCCGGAGAUUUAUCAUGCCUUUACUUUAUCUCGAUGCAUGAAAGUAACUCCGAUAUCAACGUCGAUGACCUGAGCUUUUCCAGAGCUUCUUAG